AUGAUUAUUGGAACUAUGGGUUUGUGGAAGUCUGGUGUCAGGCGGUUUUCCAGUGGAGUGCGGUUGUUGGAAGCAGGGGGGGGUGCGGCGGUGAUGACGAAGGAUAUGAUACUGGGACAUGGGUCCAGUAUUGUUUCGCCUGGGAGUGGUAUGGCUGGCUCCAGGGUGGGAGGGGGGAAUCUUCAGGAGCGGAUCGUGAAGUACGUGUUGAGUUGUCGGUUCACGAAGAACAACACGCAUUUCACGUGCUCUGCUGUGGUCGAGGACAUGAAGUUUCUGGAGAAAAAUGCGGAGUUGUCGUACAAUGAGAAGUUCCUGUACUAUUUGCAGCUGCCGCAGAAGGUCAAGUUUCAUAUAUCGACUGGGAAUCUUGGGUUCCGGAAGGCUGCGCGGGGGGAGUACGAGGCAGCAUUUCAGACGAGCGCGAAGGCGCUGCAGAUGCUGGAGGAGCGUGGGUUGUUAGACCGGAACGUUGAGAUAGUGAUGAGAGAUUUUGGCAAAGGUAGGCAGGCUUUCAUUGCUGCUCUGAACGGCAAGGAGGGCACGAAGGUGCGCCCAAGGGUGUCGAGGGUAGCGGAUGCCACGGCUUUGAAGUUUGGUGGUGUUAGAGCACCAAGACCCAGAAGGUUGUGA